AUGAGCGUCUCUGAAGCCUUACAACCAGCAGAAUCAGCGGCUCCCCAGCACCAAACAAAUUCAAAACUGGUAACAGUAGAUCCCAUUCUGGCCACAGCGCUCAGUCAGAACCAAGGAGAUCGUGAUUUCGUGCUUCAAUUUGAGCAGCAAGUAUCCCAAUUCAUUUUGCAACCCAGCCAACGGAGACUGCUCCUGUCCAAACAAAACUCAUACCGGCGCCUAUUGCUGCACAAGCUCGGCGACCACUACGAUCUGAUCCACGUUGUUGUUGGCAGGGGCAAGGACGAGAUGGCAUUUUAUAAAAAAGAUGGUGUGGAGAUGGUCCCCCUGGAGAGCUCUUUGGGAAAUUUAGUCGCUUAUGAGGGUGGGCAGCAGGAUAUGGCGGCAGAAGACGAGAGGGAAAGCGGGGAGGCGGGUGAGGCAGAUAGAGUGUCGUUUACAAAGAUUUUGGUCAAGAGUGAUGGCGGCAGGAGCAAGGUCAAGGUGGCUUUAAAACAUUCGGCAGGUUCGACAGUUUCGAUUGAGCAGAGACAGGCGGAGUACGAGCGCACCCGGGCCGAGAUAUUCCAAGACACAAAACCAGCCAAAGAAACAGCCGAACACGACUCCAUAUUGUGA